UAAUAAAUUAAUAGAGUAACGUGAACUGAAACGGUGCUACUUUGUCUUGAAUACAAACUUAGUAUCCUUAGUAUACCAUAGCAACGUAAAUAAAAACAAAUUAUUUUGAAGAUGAAUUUAAUCAAGCUAAGUUUUAUCAAGAGUUGUUUUAAAAAUGCUCUACAAAAAUGAUUUUAAACCGAUUUAAAACUUAAAGAAAUCAAGUGAAUAUAGAGAGCGAAAGUUUGGUAAAAAAUUGUGAUAUUUUAUAAUAAGAUACCAACUUUAAAAAGAAAAAAAUUCGAAUUUCCAAGCAACCCAUUAAAACAAAUUUGUCAAUAAAUCUUGUUUGAUCAAUAAAUAAACACAUAAUCUGCCAAUUCCAUAAAGAUAAAAUUAAAGGAAAAGAUGUCUUUGGUAGUUGAAACUCCCCAAACGGAUCCAAACGCCCAAAAAGAAGAAUCAGCGAUAUCGAAAUUUUGUAAAGGACCAAGAAUGACGAAAGAAUUCAUUAAAAAACAUUGCAAAGAAAAUAAACUUUACGCAACGCCCUACCUAAACGAUGUCCUUUAUUUACAUUUUAAAGGCUUCAGUGAAAUCGAAAAUUUAGAGGAAUACACAGGAUUGAGAUGUUUAUGGCUAGAAAAUAACGGGUUAUUAAAAAUAUCCGGAUUAGAUAAUCAAACGGAGUUGAGAAGUUUGUUUCUGCAUUACAACUUAAUACGGAAAAUCGAAAACGUGGGACAUCUCGUCUUUUUGGACACUCUAAAUCUGUCUCAUAACCAAGUUAGAAGAAUUGAAAACUUGGAUAGCAUCAAAACGUUGCACUCUUUGAAUUUGGCGAAUAAUUAUUUGGAACAUUUGGAAGAUGUGGAACAUUUGGAGCUUUUAGACGAGGUUUCCGUGCUGGACGUUUCCAACAAUCACAUUGAAGAUCCUUUGAUUGUGAAAGUUUUGGGGAAUAUGAAGAGUUUGAGAGUGUUGAAUAUGAUGGGGAAUCCCGUUGUGCGAAAAAUACCUUCGUAUCGGAAAACUAUGAUAAUAACUUGUAAAGAUCUUCGUUAUUUAGAUGAUCGCCCAGUUUUUCCACGGGAUAGAGCGUGCGCAGAAGCAUGGGAAAGAGGUGGGAUUACGGAAGAAAGCGCUGAAAGACAACGUUGGAUACAAAGAGAACGCCAACGAAUCAUGGACAGUGUAAACGCUUUAGUUAGAAUGCGAGAUGAAAGGAGGCAAGAAGCUGCAGCUGCUGCUGCUCAUUUAGACAGUGGGAUGGGCACUUCAGUUCAUGAUUCAGAAAGCGAAGCUGAUACAUUAUCAGAAAUUGUUCCAAAUCAAGAUGAAGAAGAGAAUAACGUUGCAGAAAAUCACCCAGAAAAAGAAAAUGAAAGUCAAGAAGAGAAAAGUGUUGAUUCAGAACCUCAAGUAAUCCAAAACAUUGAAAAUAAUCCGGAAGAAAUUAAAAUUAAUCAAGCUGCAAUGAUAUUUAGUGAAUCAGAAGAUGAAGAAGAAUUGUCUUUGUCUGCAUCAUCAUCAACAACAUCAGAAAGUGAUGAUUUUAUGAGGGAACACCAACCAGAUCCCGAUGAAUAUAUUGAAUAUCGCGAAAGAAUCUUUGAUUUUGAACCAAAAGGAACGAGGAGAAGUCGCAAAGAGAAAAAAAAAUUAAUUGUUGAAAUUAAUACCGAGGAAGAAAGUGUUAAGCAAGAUGAAAAUAAUAAAGAUGAGAAUGAUGAGAAAGGUGAUGCGGAGAAGGAGAUAAAAUUGAUAGAAAAUGUCGAUGAUAAUAUUGAUGAUAAAAUUAAUUAUAAAGGGAUUGCGAAAAUUCUUCAAGAAGAAUAUGAUGAUAAUAACAAAGAAAUUGAUGAAAAUAAUGAAGGAGAUGUUGAAAUUGAGAAAAGUCCAGAAGAAAUUGAGGAAAAUCAAAAAGAUAAUGAGAUAAUUGAAGAAAAGAAAGAGGAUGUUGAAAAAAUUAAAGCGCUUGCGAAGAUGCUUCAAGGUGAGCUUGAGUCUGAAUCGUUUUUUUGGACUUUUGGAAAAGAAGAAAUUGAAGAAUCAAAAGAAAUUCAUGAUUCAAAAGAUUCUGAUGAAGAAAUUGUUGAAAAUCCUGAAAUUAAAUCUAAAAAAGAAUUAAAAAAAGAGAAAAAAAUGUUUGAAGAGAAACUAAAAAAAGACGAAGAAUUAAAACAAGUUGUCGAAGAGCUCAAAAAAGUGGAAGAAAUCGAUCAACGUUCUUUAGUAGAAAUUUACGCUCCAAAAGAUGAAAAUUUAUUCUCAUCAUCUUCAUCAUCAUCAUCAUCAACUUCAUCUUCGAGUGAUUCCGAAGAGAAUGAAUUUUAUUACGAAGAUUUGGAUAAAGGAAUUGAGAUUGAAUGUAGAAACACGAAAUUUAAAGAAGCCGAACAAGAUAUUAUUGAUAAAAAUGUAAAAAUUGAAAAUAUUGAAGAAUCCGGACGAGAAAUUUUAAUGGGUAUCCAAAAAGAGCAAUCAUUAAACGACGUAAAAGAAUUAUUAAAAUGGAAUUUGCCUAUAAACACUGAAAACAGGGUAAUUUUAAAACCGAUUGAUCGCUCAAUACCGAAUUCAACCCAAAGUCUCCGUUUAGAUUCGAUCGAUACUUACGAAUUAGUUCUCGAUAAGAUGGAGAGGAAGUUUGAUGAAGAAGAAAAGGUUCGAAAAUUAAAACAACCAUCGAAAUUAGCCGAGGCUGCUCAUAAAUAUAUUCGAAUGAUUGAUCGUAGAGAACAUAUUGAUCCAAACGAGGAAACAACAAUUUCUAAUUCGUUACAAUUAUCGAAAAAUUUCCCCGUUUUUCAACACGUAGCCGGGGUUAACGUUGAAGUUGAAAACGUUGAGGAAGAUAAGAAAGAAGAAAUUUUGUCGAUAAAAGCUUCAAAUAACAUCUCAAAUUUACGGGAGGAUAUGAGAGCUUUUAAUCGGCAAGUUGAGGAACUUACAAGCGUUUUCGAUCGAAAAUACGAUCUAUUAAUACAGACUUAUAACGAGUAUUGGAACGAAUACGUUAAGAGCCAAGAAAAAGAGGGGGAGAAUGAUGAGGAGAAGAAGGAACAUGUUAAAAAUAGUUAUAUUGAAAAGUUUUUAAACGAUGAUGAGAAUGAUGGUGGUGAUGAUGAUUGUGAAAAAAAUGUUAAAAAAUGUAUUGAUAAAAAAGAAGAAAAAGUUGGCAAUAUAAUUAAUGAGAUAAGAAUUGGGGGAGGAUAUAAAUAUGCAAGAAAUGAGGAGGUGUUUAAAGAUGAGAAUAAUAAGGAAAAUGAUGAUGUUGCAAAUGAUGGAGAUGGAAAUUUAGAGGAAGAAUAUGUUGAUGAUUUGGUGAAAAAGAUUGAGGAGGAAAUGGUUGAAGAUGAAAUUGAUAAUGAAAUUAGUGGUGAGAAUAAAGAUAUAAAUGAAGAUAAAAAUGAAGAUGAAAAUACAAAAUGUGGAAUAGUUGUGGUUGAAAGAAAUGUUUCUUGUACUUUAGAGAUGCAAUUAGCGACUAAUAACCAAGAAAAUGAAGAAUGAUUAGGAAUUGAUAUAAUUGAUUUAAAUCGGAAUCCUAAAUUUAAAACUUCUAAUUUUUUAGAAUUUGAAAUUUUGGAUCCCGAUGGUUGGGGCUUUGACUUUUAGAACUCUUUAGUAGAAGCAUUUUAGAUCUUAUUAUUAAAUAAAAAUAUUGAGAGAA